AAGCCUAUCAUAUCUCAAAACUCAUCGACUUGUGUGCUUCCGCUCUCUCUUACUUCCCUUUGAAGUUCCCUGUCGCUUUUAACUCCAUGGCAUCCCCUAAAUCCAAUUUCUCUCACACACCACAAUAAAAAAUUUUAAAAAAAAGCUCCAACCUUUUUUUGUGGGUCUCACUUCUCCAAACCCUAAUUUCAACUCCCAAUCUCACCCUCAUCCUCUCCACUCCUCCCUCUGUUGCAAAGUCUCAUCCUUUUCAAUGUCUGUGGAAAGAUCUUUAGAAGCCUGGGAAGAGGUUCAGCGACACGGACAAGACUUAGCUGACAGACUCGCUCAGGGCUUCACGGGUUUGAUCCAAAUCAACCCUCCUUCGUUUCCGUGGCCGAGUCACCAGAAACUGAAGCUAUUCGAUCUCGAGUUCUCUACUCACCAAUUCUCCAACCAUCAACCCAUCAACGGCGUCGAGGCUAUUCUCGAUAUAGGGAACAAGAUUGGUCAAGCUGGUGUUGAUUUCGGCUCUGGAUUGAACGUUAUGGUUCAGCAGUUUUUUAGGAGGUUGCCCUUGCCGUUUAGACAUGAAGAGAACGUGUCUGUUUCUAUGAGACAUGGAGUUUAUGUGGACACUAAAGAUGAGUCUUUGUUUACUAAGACAGAUGCUGUCUCCGCUGCUGUUAUGUCUGAGGAGAAAGUUACAGACUUUGAUUUGAGUAGUGCUGGAUUACUUAGGAGACCAAAGGGAACGGUUGAGUUUUCGACAAGUUAUGAAAGUAGGACAAGUGGUAUGGAACAUUCGUUAGCAGCCAGGGGAGAUCUUUGGAGAGUAGAAGCUUCUUCAUCUAGCUCAGCUGUUAGAGAUGACAGUUCGUCUCUUUUUCUUCUCCAGCUUGGACCGCUGCUGUUUCUGCGAGAUUCAACUCUUCUUUUGCCUGUUCAUUUAUCAAAGCAACACUUGCUCUGGUAUGGUUAUGAUAGAAAGAAAGGUAUGCAUUCGCUUUGUCCAGCUUUGUGGUCAAAGCAUAGAAGAUGGCUUAUGAUGUCAAUGAUUUGCCUCAAUCCUGUAGCUUGCUCAUUUGUAGAUUUGCAGUUCCCAAAUGGACAGUUAACGUAUGUCUCUGGUGAGGGAUUGACAACAAGUGUCUUUGUUCCUUUAUGUGGUGGUCUUCUUCAAGCGCAAGGUCAAUAUCCAGGAGAUAUGAGAUUUAGUUUUUCUCGCAAGACUAAACAAGGAACAAGAAUCACACCAAUGGUGAACUGGCCUGACAAAUCGUAUGGAGUAGGUGUUUCUCAAGCCUUGGCUUGGCGUAAGUCCGGUCUCAUGAUGAAACCAGCAAUUCAACUUAGUGUGUGCUCUACAUAUGGUGGAAGCAAUCCCGGGACGAAAACCGAGCUUAUUCACUCGUUGAAUGAUAACAUCAACAUGAUUUGUGGCUGUGCAAUGACCGCUCAUCCUUCAGCAUUUGCAUCUGUUUCCUUUGGUCGGUCAAAGUGGAAUGGGAAUAUCGGUCGGACUGGAAUCGUUGUUAGAGUUGAUACUCCUCUUGCAAAUGUUGCUCAGCCUUCUUUCUCCAUUCAGCUUAACAAUGCUUUUGAGUUCUGAAGUAAAACUUGUUAAGAGAAUGUUUUGGCUUCACGGUACUAAAGUUGUAAAUAGUAAAAAAUUAGAACUCAGUGAUCUAAAAGAGAAUUAAGAAAACUAAAAGAAAUUCUGUAAUAGCAGGUGAAUGUUGAAGUUGUAUAUUAAACCACAAAAAAAAACUUGUUAUGAUAUUUUGUGUUCUUAAUUCUCUCCCCCAACACACUUAAAUGUGAUUUCCUAACGGAAAAUAUUAGCAAG